AGUGGACUCAUCUCCCAAUGGAGGUGUGUUUGAGGAUAGGGAAACUGAAUUCCCCCCCCCCCCCUUUGGUUUCUCUAUUUAUCACUUUUCUAACCUCUGAGUGGGGAGAAAUUAUUUACCUCAUUUAGUACAUCCUUAGUUUCUGAUCUGGACAUGCUGCAGGUAUGAGCCAUACCUUUGGAAGAAUGUGAAGCGGUCUUACCUAAGACCUGCUGUUCUUUUUGGGUUUUUUGUACAACUUAAUCGGGUGUAUUCUGGUACACUGCAGAAGUCUUCCUCUACCGAAACAAACAUAAUGAGAUGUUCCAGAGUUCCAUGCUUCAAGUACCUUCCAAUCAGCGCACCAGCACUGUCGUCAAGAGGGACAUCUAAAUCAUCUCUUCCAAUGACCUCAGAUGAUAAUUCUUCCCAAAGCUCUUGGAAGACAAUUUCAAAUGGCAAAUUCUCUCCAAAGCUUGAUUUUGAUGAUAACUCGAGUUUUGGGGUUGCUUGCACCAUUUUUGAAAUCUUUCAUGCAGGUUGGUUCUAGAUUUGGGGAGAGCACAUUGAAACUGAGCUCCAUGCAUGCUUGCUGAUGGGCAAGUUGGCAAGCUGAAGGACAGAUCAGCCGCUGCCAUGUCAACAUUUGGAGAUAUUCUACCUGUCCUAGCUGCUUGCCUUUUAUCUUUUUACAGCUGGAAGACCUGACCCUUGAUUG